AUGAAUUCAAUCGAUGAUGUAUUAGUUGAUGAUGAAUCCACUACCACUACAACAACAACAACUACAGCAACAAACAGCAAUGACCAAGAUACUCUCAAUGGAUCAAUGUUAAAGUUUGCUGCCGAAGCUGACCAACUCGAUGAAGUCAAACGUUUAAUUGAAGUAGUAAAAGUUUCACCCAACCAAAAAGAUUCAUUUGGUGAUUUACCAUUACAUGGUGCCAUUGUUAAAAAGAGAGUUAAAAAAGGAGCAGAUCCAAAUGCAACCAAUCAAGUUGGAUCUACCAGUCUUCACAAGCUGGUUACUAUAGAUACUAUGAAAGACCAGUUUCCAAUCAUUGAGCUGUUGAUGAAAGCCGGUGCAGAUCCAACCAUUAAGAACAUGGCUGGUUUGCUACCAGAGCAGUUGGUUGUAUUCUCAAAGAUCAAGGAGGUGCUGCAAGGUGACCAAGCCGUCACCAUCAAGCUUACAGUACCAAAGUCCGAUCACGGUAAAAUCAUUGGUCGCGACGGAAAGAAGCUCAACGAGUUGCGUGAACUCACCAACACUCAGAUCACCGUGCCAGACCUCAAAGAGAAGGAGAACAAAGUCAUCACCAUCAAAGGUAGAUCCGACGACGUUGAGAAUGCACGUCAGCGUAUUCUCGACAUGAUCAAGCCAGAGGAGUUCUUUGGUGACAUCAUGACACUACACAACAUCCCGAAGGAGAGUCACCGUUUGUUGAUCGGUGCCGGUGGUGCCACAAUCAAGCGUUUGCGUGAGGAAUUCAACGUUAAAAUCACCAUUCCACCACCCGAUAGCCAAACCAAAGAAGUUGUGAUUCGUGGUGAACUCGAAGACAUUGAGAAUGCCAUGAAGGAAAUCAACAAGAUCAUCAAAUCUGUAAAAAAUAAACAACAACAACAAUCAAAUAACAACAACAACAAUAAUAAUAAUAAUAAUAACAACUCAAGACCAAAUAAUAGACCAAGAACUGGUCCACCAAAGCCAAAAUCAGACACUCCAAAACCAACUGCUUAG